AAUCGCCCACUGCCCAUGCAAGCCGUAGUCCAACUAAAUGCUCCGCCCAAUACACCCGUGUUUACAUUGCAAGCACGUGAUCCCGACACCGAUCACAAUAUUCACUAUUUCAUAGUGAGAGAUCGAACAGGUGGUCGCUUCGAGGUGGACGAACGUUCUGGCGUGGUACGCACACGUGGCACCGAUCUUUUCCAAUUGGACAUGGAAUAUGUUUUAUAUGUCAAAGCAGAGGAUCAAAAUGGCAAAGUAGAUGAUCGUCGCUUCCAGAGCACACCCGAAGAGCGUCUAUCGAUUGUGGGUGGCAAGCGUGCACCACAAUUCUAUAUGCCCAGCUAUGAGGCGGAGAUACCGGAGAACCAGAAAAAGGAUUCAGACAUCAUCUCGGUGAAGGCGAAAUCUUUUGCAGAUCGUGAGAUACGCUACACGUUGAAGGCACAAGGACAAGGCGCUGGUACAUUCAAUAUUGGUCCAUCGUCGGGCAUCGUUAAGUUGGCGAAAGAAUUGGAUUUCGAAGAUUUACGACAGCCGCACGUCUACUCGCUGAUAGUUACUGCCACCGAAGAUUCGGGUGGUUUCUCCACAUCCGUUGAGCUAACCAUACGCGUCACCGACGUCAACGACAAUGCACCGAAAUUCGAGCUACCUGAUUAUCAAGCACAUAAUGUGGAUGAAGACAUUCCUCUCGGUACGAGCAUACUACGCGUCAAAGCAAUGGAUUCUGAUUCGGGUGCAAAUGCUGAAAUAGAAUAUCUCGUCUCGGAUGAUCACUUUGCGGUGGACUCGAAUGGCAUUAUUGUCAAUAAUAAACAACUGGAUGCCGAUAACAACAAUGCCUACUAUGAAUUCAUUGUCACAGCGAAAGAUAAAGGCGAACCUUCCAAAUCUGGCACUGCCACUGUACGCGUCUAUACGAAAAACAAGAACGAUGAGGAGCCAAAAUUUUCACAACAGGUCUAUACACCGAAUGUGGAUGAGAAUGCCGGACCGAAUACGCUCGUCACAACUGUUGUGGCCUCCGAUAAAGAUGGUGACAAUGUACGUUUUGGUUUUGUCGGUGGUGGCACCUCUUCUGGGCAAUUCGUUAUCGAGGAUAUAACUGGUGUGAUACGCUUACAUAAUAAAGCUAUUUCACUGGAUCGUGACAAGUAUGAAUUGAAUGUGACAGCAAUGGAUGAUGGUUCGUGUUGUGCUAAUGGUGAUCACACCAUACACACCUCCACCGCUGUCGUUGUGGUCUUCAUCACCGAUGUAAAUGACAACAAGCCGGUAUUUAAGGAUUGCGGCACUUACUAUCCAAAAGUGGAAGAGGGUGCACCCAACGGGAGUCCGGUGAUAAAAGUGGUCGCCACUGAUGAGGAUAAAGGCGUCAAUGGACAGGUCAAAUACUCAAUCGUCCAACAGCCAAAUCAGAAGGGCACCAAAUUCACCGUAGACGAAGAGACAGGCGAAGUGUCCACCAACAAAGUGUUCGAUCGUGAAGGUGACGAUGGCAAAUUCGUUUCGGUUACCGUCAAAGCGACAGAUCAGGGUGAACCCAGCUUAGAGGGCGUCUGCUCGUUUACAGUCGAGAUUACAGAUGUUAACGAUAAUCCACCACUAUUUGAUCGACAGAAAUAUGUUGAAAACGUGAAACAAGAUGCCAGCAUCGGCACAAACAUAUUGCGCGUCUCCGCCUCCGAUGAGGAUGCCGACAAUAAUGGUGCCAUAGUGUACAGCUUGAGUGCACCCUUCAAUCCCAACGAUUUGGAGUAUUUCGACAUACAGGCCGAGUCGGGUUGGAUUGUGUUGAAGAAGCCGCUUGACCGCGACCGUUAUCGUUUGCGGGUGCGCGCCUCGGAUCGUGGUGAGCCACCUUCCUAUGCCGAUGUCGAUGUUGAAUUAGAUGUAGUCGACCGCAAUAAUAAGCCGCCAAUAUGGGAUAAGAGCAUUUACGGUCCAAUACAUAUACGCGAAAAUGUCACUGUGGGUACGGUUGUAACAUCGGUGAAGGCAAGGUUUCGCGAAACAUAUAAAUUAGAGGCAAUGGCGCAGGACAAAGGCUAUCCGCCGCUGUCGCGUACCGUCGAGGUGCAAAUCGAUGUGGUCGAUCGCGCCAAUAACCCGCCCGUAUGGGACAAUACGGUGUAUGGGCCGAUUUAUGUAAAGGAAAAUAUGCCAGUUGGCGGGAAAGUCGUCUCGAUCAAAGCCAGUUCGGGUAUUGAGGGCAAUCCGACUGUGUUUUAUCGUCUAAUGCCUGGGUCCACUGCACAAACGAAUAAGUUUCACACAUUUUACUUGCAACAAAGACCGGAUAAUGGGGAUACGUGGGCUGAUAUAAAGGUGAAUCAUCCGCUGGACUACGAGAGUAUAAAGGAAUAUAAUCUAACAAUACGUGUGGAGAACAAUGGCGCCCAACAAUUGGCUUCCGAGGCGACCGUCUACAUUAUGCUCGAGGAUGUUAACGAUGAGAUACCAUUGUUUACCGAACGUGAACAGGAGACUGUGCUGGAAGGUGAACCCAUUGGCACCAAAGUGACGCAAGUGAAUGCCAUCGACAAGGAUGGCACAUUUCCAAACAAUCAGGUCUACUACUACAUCGUCGAUUCGCCACGCAACGAGGGCAAAGAAUUCUUCGAAAUUAAUUUGCAAAGUGGUGAAAUCUUUACCAAAACCGUUUUCGAUAGAGAGAAGAAAGGCGCUUAUGCACUGGAAGUGGAGGCGCGUGAUGGUGCGCCAUCAGCACGGCCCAACAGUAAUGGACAACCCAAUUCAGGUUAG